GGAAAAAAUAUCGCAAUGUUAGUUUAUACAUGGGUUAAAGAAUUGUUAAGUUACAAACUGCACAGUUUUCCACAAAAAAGAGAAAUCUAAAGCCUGUUCAGAUUUCCUACGCUCUUCAUGUUCAAAACAAGGCAUAUCUUCGCCCCUGAUAUGUAGCUUUCUUGUGCUGUAAUGGUGACGCUGAGGUUGACGACGUAUCAGGGGCGUGGAAGCAGUGUUUAAGAUUAUUAUUUAAGAUUUGCACCUACAAUGAACUACUGCAUUGACUCUAAAGACUGAGGAAAAAAUAUAAAAUUUUUGGAGCACUAGCUGUAUUGAUUCAAAUUGAUUCACCAGCAGACUUUCAAAAUGGCUGACGAACAUACAACUGAAGUUACAAGAAUGGGGACAAGAAGACAAACAAUGCUGAAUGUGGAGAAAAAUAAGGAAGAACAAAAUGGACAACAAAAUAAUACAGAAAAUGAAUGUGAAGAACCGUUUGCCUGCUGUGGCUGUAACAGAACAUUUAGCACUCAGGCAGGUUGCAAGAGGCACAUGCGUUACUGCCCAGCUGCUGAUGGGUCAUUAUUUGUAGUGGACAAAAGGAACAUUGAUGACUCUAGUGCACGUGAGAACAAUCUAAGAGGCAGCCAGAGUUCAGAGGAAAGGGAAGUUGAUAACCCACCAGAAUCACAAGAUGGUGGCAGCGUUCAACAACAGAUGAAUGGCAUGAUGCUGGAUAAAGUAAAUGGUCUUAUAGAAGAGACCUCAGCUUUAGGUCCAGGGAAAUGUCAUUGCUGUGGUGAAGACCUUGACACUGCACACUCGGGGGGUGACUUUGAAUGUGUUGACUGUUCUAAAAGCUUCAAGUUGAAGUCUAGUCUGGAGAGGCACAGAAGAGUGAUUCAUAUGGAAGGAGAAACAUACUCAUGUGUAGAGUGUAAUGCAAGAUGUCCAGACAAAGGAACUCUUGCACGGCACAUGUAUACUCAUACUGGCCUGAAACCCUACUCAUGUACACGGUGUCAGAAAACAUUUAGUAGAAAAUAUCAUUUAGAGAGACACGUUUCACAAACAGGCUGUGACGGGAAGUCGAGGACUAAUUUUCCAUGUCAGGUGUGUGGGCGAAUGUUCAGCCGCAAAGAUAAUUUGAGGCAGCAUUUACGUGCUCAUGCAGGUCAGGUGAUACGCAAGAAGACUUACACUUGUGAACAUUGUCACCGAGAGUUCCAGGGUGCUACACUCUUGCAGGUUCAUUUGAGGACCCAUACAGGUGAGAGGCCAUAUGCAUGUGAUCUCUGCCCAAAGAGAUUUCCUUCAAGUGGUGCAAUGAAGAAACAUCGGCGGAUGCACACAGGCGAGCGGCCUUAUGAAUGCAAGGAGUGCUAUGCCAAAUUUGCAGCACGGGAAACAUUAAAUCGUCACAUACGUACGCACACAGGUAUCAGGCCUCAUAUCUGUCAGUUUUGUGGCAAGAGUUUUAUACAGUCUUCUCAGCUUCGAGCUCACAUCUUCCAUCAUACAGGUGAAAAUGGCUUUACAUGUGUUCACUGCAGCAAGGCAUUCAAUCGCAGAUCUCGUCUUCUUAUGCAUGUGAAGUAUGUUCAUGAAGGUGCAAAACCUUUUGAAUGUGAACAAUGUCCAAAAACAUUUGUUCGAAAGGAAGAUUUGGCUCGUCACACGAUUCUUCACUCAGGUGUAAAAGCACACAAAUGUCCAAUUUGUCAGAAGAACUUCGCAAUGAAAUCUUCAUUGAAGAUACAUCUUCUGACGCAUACAAAGGAACCACCACGUUCUUGUGAUGAAUGUGGAAGAGCAUUCAUUCGACAAGAUUGCUUACUUCGUCAUAUGCGCACCAAGCAUAGAGACAUGCUGGAGGAGAUAUUGGCUGAAACAGAAAAGAAAAAACUGCAACAGCAGCUUCUGGCUGCAGCAGCAGCUCAAGGCACUGGUGGGACUGGUGUGGGCGUGAAUGGUAGUGAGAGUGAUGGAGGUUCUGGUGGUCCUGGUAGCAUACCAUCACUCAGUGAAGCUGCUCUCGCUGACUCAGUCCGUGAGCUCCUGGCGCUACUGGUUGAUGAAGCCACUCUAAAGGCUUUUGGAUGGCCGGAAACGCAAGUGGACCAGUUGCUGGAAGCAGUAAUUCGUCGAUGUGGCCAUCAACCUGUUACCUCAGAGGAACUGUUGUACCCAGAUAGACUGCGUGAAAAUGCCAAACUGCUGUUCACUGUUGUUAUAGAUGACUCUGCUGUCAAGACUUUGCUCAACAAUCAGACUGUUGAUGAAGUCAUCUUGCAUGUACUUCGUCUCGCCAAGUCAUAAAAAAUGUGUGUGUGUGUGUGUGUGUGUGUGUGUGUGUGUGUGUGUGUGUGUGUGUGUGUGUUAGUUCCUCUGUCACUGACAUAUUUUCUAUUCAAAUAGGAGACACUGAAUUCAUUUCAGUCAUUUGAGAGGUAUAUUUUGAUUGCAUUUGGUGCCUUUGAUUGGCUGCUCUUCUUUUUCAUCCUUCUUCAGUAAAGAGACUACAUCCAGAGUUUGAAGUCAAAGAUAUUGUUAACACGAGUGUAGGGGUUCAUUGUAAGAACAUUUCUGUUUGCUUUCUACUGGAUCAUAAAGGAUUUAGCCGUAAAGUUUGAGUUAAGCUUUCACAACUAGUGCUAGUUGUUUUUCCCAGACUUGCAUAACAGUUGAUAGUUGCAUUUACUAGUGGAUUUAUCCUCUCUUUCUUAUACUCAAAUCAUUCACAUUUACACCAUUCAGUUGAAAACUGCAUUCCAUUGUGUGAGAUUUAUUAAUUAUAAAUAGCCUUGUCUUCUGUUUCCUCCAUUAUGUAAAAUAGAGUAACUAAUUAGUUUCUGCAUGGUGCAAGGGAAUAUCUCUUUGGCAUGAUCAAAAAUUUCUGUCAUUCAGAUGUAAUCAAGAGAUGUUGCCAUUUCUCACGCCUGCACAGUUGCAGAGAACACGCAUAUUUGUAAUGAGGCUGGUGUAGAUUAUCUUGAGGGACCAUGAAAUUCAUUAAGUUUCUUCUUUCAGAAUAAAAUAGUAAAUCCUAUUUUCAUGAAUUUCAAUUACAUUUUGAGAAUACUCAUUGCCUUGACUGAUACUGAGAGCCAAGUGACAACUAGGAGCACUAAUAGGGAAUAAAUUUUCUUGUAAAAGAAAAUUAUGACAAAAGAAUUGACCAUAUUUUUAUAUAUGAAUGAUGAAAUGUAAGAUAUGAACUAUUUUUUAAAUUACUCAGCUGUCACUUUUACAAAUAUCAAGUAUUUUUAUUCUUAAGUGCACUGUGUAAAUCCAGUUUUCUCAAAUUAGUGGCACUUCCUUGUAACACUUACAGGCACAUGUGAAACAGCAGUAGACAAAGAUUUGUAAUGGUUGUUUGAGAGAUUAGAGCAUAUUUUUAUAUUUUGAUAGGCUGUAUUUUAUAUUAUAUUCUCCUUGCAAGUUUUUAUUCCAUGAAUGAUGCAAUAAUCAUUCAAGGUUGGGAAGUAAAUAUAUAUUUUUAAAUGCAAAAAAUGCUACUUUACUGUAUGUUAUGACAGUAAAGUAGAUUUUUAUGGAGAAGAGGUUGGACAGCGACAUCAAAAGUGUCAGAAUAGGCGACAUCAAAAGUGUCAGAAUAGGAGAUGUUAACCUCAGCCUUACGAGAAUUACUUUUCAUUAUUGAGAGAUAUUUUGAGGGAAUGAAAGUGUGGAACAUAUUUUUUAGAGAAAUGUUUUAUAUUUGCAAUGUAUAUGCUUCCAUGUUAUAGUACUUACUAUGUAAUAAGUAUUUAGAGUGUGUUGUUAACUAGCAGUCACCGUGAAAUCAAGCAGUUUGGGUAUAUAUUUGUGGAGAGUAAGACUGCUGGCUUUUUUAAAUAUCCAUUUGAUACAGGUGCUGCUUGACAAGUGAGUGCUGGAUACCCCAAAGCACGUUAACUUGGGAAAGUAACUUUCUCGCAAACAUUAUAGUCCUAAAUUUUUCCUCAUAGGUAACACACUGUAGUGUGUGAUACAUGACACAUGCAUAUAUUUGUAUGUUGAGUUGACUUGCUUUUUAGAUAUGCACACUGAUGAAAACUGAAACAUUAAGCUGCUUAUUUGUCUCAUAUAAAUUGGAUCCAAAUAGAGAUAGAUAGAGAGAGAGAGAGAGAGAGAGAAUUGCAUAAGUAGUUAAACUUUGUUUAUGUAUGAAUUGAACACAGUCAACUGGCUCAUUUUCAGUGAACUGGUGAAAGUAGGGAAUAAUUUCCUACUUCCUCCUUAACCUAACUUAACCUUGUCUUUAAAAGUAAGAGAACUUCCUCUUGAAUACCUCGAGGUAUCUCUUCGUCUUCACAUGAUCUGUGUUAAAGUAGACUGUACUGUUGCAGGUUGCAUUGCCUGCAAAGGACAAGAACUAGAACCAUUGUCAGAAAUUGUUAGAGGUUGAUGUGUGUAAUAUGUUGGUUCAGUAUCGCUAGUAAUACAAGGUUGGGAAAACUGCAUGUAUAGAGAAAAUUUCAUGAGAAAGAAAUUUUAUUAAAAAUCAGUGUGUAUCUGUUAAAAAUUUAUGUAUGUUUGGUAUAAUUCUGUUGUGUGUAGAGUUGUGUUGCUUUAGUUUUCACUAUUUGGUUCUCUCAGAGCUUCCCACAAAUAGAUAUGACUGUUAAACUGUUUUCUGUUAUUUUAAGAAUUGGGAGUGCAGCUUCCACUUGACAGCUGAAAGUUUGACCAACCUCUGUUUAAGCAAUAGUCUCAGCAUUAAGGUGUUGUAGUCUGGAAUGUUGUUGCAUUUUCGUAACAAUUUCUGCUUUUAAUAGAUGCUGGCUUUGGUUAAAUGCACUGUGUUGUACCAAUAACACUUCUCUUAUCUGUUGAUGUUUAUUACAGUUUGAACCCACAAUUACUUUUCUAACAAUUUAGUAAUGCUAUGAGUGGCACAAAAUGCUCUUUUUCAUAAAGUGUGUUCAGAUCACUUGUCUUGAUACUUGGUGCACUUGUGACUUCUGUACUUCCAUCAGUCGUAUGCAUUGUCAUUCUUGUUAGCAUUUCAAAGUUAUCACUCUCAGCAAUCCAUUAUACAUAUGUGUUUUGGAUCUCAUAAAAAAAAGCAGUGUGAAACCCAAAUGUUGGUUUUUAAAGGACACCGAAAGUGCUUUGGACAGUUUAUCAAGAAGCUACACAGAGGUCAUGACAUGCAAUUUCCAUGCAAGACAAAACAUUGCUAGUGCUCUGAUUAAGUCCUGCCCCCCCCCCCCCCCCACCCCCACCCCG